CGCUCCCGCCCCCGCCUCUCCCCAAGAUGGCGGCCCCGCCGCCGCCGCCAUUCCCGGGCCGCUUCGCGCCUCCGUUCCGCUCCUUCCCCCCGGGGCCUUUCCCCCCCGCUCCUCCUCCUGCUCCCUCCGCGUCCUUCUCGGGCCGCCCGCUUCCCUUCCCGGCUGUGUCGGCGGCUCCCCCGCCGUUCCUGCUGCCCCCCGAGGCCGCUCCCUAUUUCCCUGCUCCUCGCCCCGCCGCCGCCCCGCCGCUCUUUCCCCCGUGGCCCUCAAGCGAGCGGCCCCCGGCCGGCCGCGGGGCCCCUCCGGGCGCUGCGGAGGCGGAGGAGGAGGCUCAGCAGCGGCAGCGGGACGAGCAAUGGCUGACACAGUUCCUAGCCCGUCACCGGGCUCCUUCACUGCUCCUCGUACCUCCUCCGGUGUCCCCCGGUGCCAGCCCCGAGGCCGGGCGGCGGCUGGCGGUGACGGCGCUGGGGCUGGUGGCUCGCCUGGCUGCCGCCUGCCGAGCCCUGAGGCGGCUGGAGGCUGAGGGGGACGAGGAAGGAUGGAGCGAGGUGAAGCUGGAAGCUGAGGCGGCGAGGUCGGAGCUGCAGGAGGCUGUGAGGCCCCUGAGGGAGCCCGGCUACCUGCAGGAGCUGGGGAGGAAGGCUGAGAAGGCGAGGAAGAGGAGGCAGCGCCUCCAAAGGAGGAAGCAGGAGGCUGAGGCGGCCAAGGAGGAGGAGGCCGCCCGAGCUGCCGAGCGGGAGGCUGAGAUCGACCGGUGGAGAGCCAAGUGCAUCCAGGAGGUGGAGGAGAAGAACCGGGAGCGGGAGCUUAAGGCUGCUGCAGACAGUGUCUUAUCUGAGGUCAGGAAGAAGCAAGCAGACACAAAGCGAAUGAUGGACAUCCUGCGUGCCUUAGAAAAGCUUCGGAAACUGAGAAAAGAGGCUGCUGGCAGAAAAGGUGUUUGUCCGCCUCCCUCAGCAGACGAAGCAUUUGAAAGUCAAGUAGAAAGUCUCAAAACGUUGCUAAAAAACCGGACAGAGCUGUACGAAGCUGAGGAGAGAGCAUUAAGAGUUAUGUUGGAGGGAGAGCAGGAGGAAGAACGGAAGAGAGAAAUGGAGAAGAAACAGAAGAAGGAAAGGGAAAAACUUCUACAGCAGAAACGUGAAAUUGAUUCCAAGCUGUUUGGGGAUCCAGAUGAAUUUCCUCUUGCCGAUCUACUGCAACCCUUCAGAGAAUAUUACUUACAAGCCGAGCAUUCUGUAGCAGCUCUAAUCCAGAUCAGGCACGAGUGGGAUCAGUACUUGGUGCCAGCCGAUCACCCCGAAGGAAGCUGCAUCCCUCCAGGAUGGGUUCUUCCAAGUCUCCCCACAAACGACACUUGGGCCACUGCUGUCAGAUAAUUUAGAAAUAAAUUAUUUUAUCUUUGAAGGACGAUAAGGUCUCAUCGUUGGGUCCCGUUUCUGGUCGUUAAGCCUGUGGCCAGAUACUGGAAUAUCUUGACGAAAACAGUAAGAGAUGUUUUUGUUUUCUGACUCUGGAGGGAAAUAUCUGAGCAAGUCCAAAGCUGUCAGGCCUCUUGUGGCACAGAGUUACAAUCCUGCUGUGAGUUUUUGUUAACAAAUCUCUAUCUUAAUAAAGUAACAUUGCUGACAAGGUUAUUUGUGCUGGUAUUCAUGUGCUAUUUUUAGUAACUUUUAUCUUUAUAAGCCUAAAUCAAGAUGUUGAAAUCUCCAGAAAUAAAAACGUUGUUUAAAAAAAAAAAAAAA